AUGUUACCACCAGCCCUCAAUAUCCCCAAAUGGCUAGAAGAAAACUCCCACCUCCUCCAACCACCCGUAAACAACUACUGCGUCUACCACCCCUCCACCCCCUCCACAGCCGGCUACACCGUAAUGAUAGUCGGCGGCCCGAACGCCAGAACAGACUACCACAUCAACACAACCCCCGAAUUCUUCUACCAAUACCGAGGCUCGAUGCUCCUGAAAACCGUCGAUACAUCCACCACACCACCCACAUUCCAAGACAUCCCCAUCCACGAGGGUUCCAUAUUCUUGCUCCCGGCGAACACGCCGCACUCUCCGGUGCGAUUUACGGAUACGGUGGGCGUGGUGAUGGAGCAGCCACGUGCUGAGGGGGCUGUUGAUAAAAUGCGUUGGUAUUGUCGGAAUUGUGGGGAUGUGGUUUGGGAGAAGAGUUUUGUUUGUACGGAUCUUGGGACGCAGGUUAAGGCUGUUGUUGAGGAGUUUGGGGGUGAUGAGGGGAAGAGGAAGUGUGGUGGUUGUGGGGUGGUUGCGGCGACGAAGUAUGCUGAGGGUGAGAUUGUGCAGCCGUGA